AUGGGCCAGGACGAUGGGAGUGAUGUCGCCAGUAUCAACUCCUCUCGUUCCUUACCGUCCACACUAAGUUCCUUGCCCACAUCUGAGGAUCAAGAGUCCUUCCAUUCAUGGCUUCAAGAAGAGCAUGCCAGACGGUACUCUGCUAUCAACGAUAACGACUCGCUUGGCAGACGCUCUUACGGCUCACGUCUGACUCGACAGUCUGGCAAAACAGGACAGUCAUUGGUUGGCGUUGAAGACUUUAGUAGGUUGCGAACUAACUACUCCAGAGAAGGUAAGAUGCUUCUAAGAUAUUCGCUUCCUCUUAUUGUGACCUUUGUGCUUGAGCAUUUCUUUUCCAUUGUGUGCUUGCUUGUAGUUGGCCAUUUGGGUAAGAACGAGCUUGCUGCCGUUUCAUUAGGCUCAAUGACUUCGACUAUAUCGUUAGCCAUCUUUGAAGGUAUCGCAACUGCUCUAGAUACUCUUUGUCCUCAGGCGUAUGGUGCUGGAAACUUAGAUAUGGUGUCGACCCAUGUCCAACGCUGCAUGAUGUUUUCCAUGCUUAUUUUCAUUCCUGUUGCACUCUUCUGGUGGAAUUCUCACUACUUGUUGAGGUAUGUAAUCCAGGAGCAACAGGUUUUGGAGCUCACUUCGCUUUUCCUCAGGAUAUUUAUCCUUGGUGGUCCUCCUUAUAUUUUCUUUGAAUGUUUUAAGCGCUUCUUGCAAGCGCAGGGCAUUUUUGAGGCGGGAACUGGUGUUUUAUUCGUCAGUGCCCCAAUUAACAUUGCACUUUCGUGGUUCCUCGUUUGGAACAAAACUUAUGGCAUUGGGUAUGCUGGCGCCCCCAUUGCCACCGUGAUUAACUUUUGGGUCAUGGAUAUUUUGCUUGUCUUAUACACUGUCUUCAUUGAUGGUAAACAGUGCUGGAACGGCUUCUGCUCGUUCAGUGACCUUUUUAGAAAAUGGGGUCAGUUGUCCCAUUUGGCAGUACCUGGUAUUGUCAUGUUAGAAUCUGAAUAUGUUGCAUAUGAGAUUAUGACGUUGUUUGCCUCGUACUUUGGAACAGUCGAGUUGGCUGCCCAGAGUGCUGUGGGUUCUAUUGCAUCUUUGACCUACAUGGUUCCUUUUGCUGUGAGUAUUGCUGCUUCUACUAGAAUUGCUAAUUUUAUUGGCGGUCAGAAUAUCUUUUCCGCCCAAAAAGCGACGAAUAUGAGUCUUGUGUUGGGUCUCUGCGUCGCAACUCUUAAUGGUCUUGUGCUCUGGAGCGCUAAGGGAUUUAUUGCAAGACUUUUUACAAAAGACGAUGAUGUUGUGGCACUUAUUGAGAGCUUACUCAAUCCCCUCGUUUCGGUCUUGCAAAUUUUCGAUGGUGCCGCCUCGGUUGCUAGCGGAGUGCUCAGAGCUCAAGGUCAGCAAAAGAUCGGAGGUGUUAUCAAUUUCCUUUCUUACUAUGCAUUUGGUUUGCCUUUAGCUCUUGUUCUCAGUGAGAUACUAGAUCUCAAGCUUUUCGGUUUGUGGAUAGGUAUUGGCAGUGGUAUGGUUCUUAUCAGUCUUAGUGAGACGAUCUUCAUUCUUUCUUCCGACUGGGAUGCCAUAAUGAUGAAGGCUGGACUCAUGAAUGAUUCCGAUUCUGACGUUAGUGUCUAA